AUGGUAGACAUGAACCAGCUUUGGCAAUUUCCUUGCUGUUGGGGAGCAGUUGAUGGUUGCCACAUCCCAAUUCAGUGCCCACCUGGUGGAGAGGAAGCUUGUAAAGAGUACCAUAACUUUAAAAACUUUUUCUCCAAUGUUAUGAUGGCCAUUGUCGAUGCUGCAGCAAGAUUCAUGUGGGUCAGCGUAGGUUUUCCAGACAUGGGCGAUUCCCUGCCAUCACAGUCAGACUUAACAGAGCAUCCAGUACAACAUGGCAGAAGAAGCAGGAAGGAGGUCAGAGAACUGCUUAUGAUGGGAAACUGCGCCAUGAAGAAGGAUAAAUCACAUCAUGCAGAAGAGAUAAGAAAAGCACUUCUCGACAAAUUUUGGGAAGAGAAAGAAGGGCAGUAA